CCCGCUGUUGUAACAACCACUACUAAGAUGUUCAAGUGUUUGCUAGUACUUUGUGCUCUUGGUUUAGCUCUAGCUAAGCCGCAAAAUUCGGCCGAGGAAAUCAUCGCCAAAAUGGCGGAGGCGUACCAAAAUUGCAAACAAGGCACCGAAUUGACCGAAGAAACUUUCAAAAAAAUCCUGAAAGAAAACGGCGAGAUCGACGAGAAAUUCAAAAAUUUCAACGUCUGUUUGUACAACACUUUUAAUAUGUUCGACGCCGCGGGGAAAUUGGACAAGGCGCGAUUCGAGAGUGUGAUCAAUAUGGUGUAUCCAGAAAAAAUAGGUGCUAUUAUGCAGGAGUGUAUUCAAGAAGGUCCUGAUACCAAGGAAGUGGCUUUAAUGAUUUCACGGUGUAUUGGAAAACACGUUUUGUAAUUUCGUUAUUAUUAAUUUAUUAACACAUUUUUUAAUUGGUGGAUUAAAGUUUUAUGUGCCGUAAGAUCCGGCGUGAAUUACAAAUUUUAGUUAACCUUUUUAAUA